CUGGCUGACGAGCUGGAGAAGCAGAAGGCGGAGAACGAGAAGCUCGCGGAUGAAGCUGAGAAGCUCGCUGCGGAGCUGGCCGACCGCGACGCCGAGGUCGCUGCGUUCCGCCAGAAGCGCCAGGAUGCGAAGGACGCACGCGCGGACGAGCCGGAGCUGGCUGCUGCCGAUGGCGUCCCGCCGCGCAGUGACCGUGCCAGCAGCCGUGGCCGUCCGGCGCAGCAGGUGGACCCCACGAGGGAGCCUGUGGACCCGCAGCAGAUUGCGGACGAGCCGCUGUACGCCGUGACGCUCGACGAACUGAAGGACAAGCAGGAUGCGCUCGCCAAGGCACAGGAUGAUGCGGAUAAACUGGCUGACGAGCUGGAGAAGCAGAAGGCGGAGAACGAGAAGCUCGCGGAUGAAGCUGAGAAGCUCGCUGCGGAGCUGGCCGACCGCGACGCCGAGGUCGCUGCGUUCCGCCAGAAGCGCCAGGAUGCGAAGGACGCACGCGCGGACGAGCCGGAGCUGGCUGCUGCCGAUGGCGUCCCGCCGCGCAGUGACCGUGCCAGCAGCCGUGGCCGUCCGGCGCAGCAGGUGGACCCCACGAGGGAGCCUGUGGACCCGCAGCAGAUUGCGGACGAGCCGCUGUACGCCGUGACGCUCGACGAACUGAAGGACAAGCAGGAUGCGCUCGCCAAGGCACAGGAUGAUGCGGAUAAACUGGCUGACGAGCUGGAGAAGCAGAAGGCGGAGAACGAGAAGCUCGCGGAUGAAGCUGAGAAGCUCGCUGCGGAGCUGGCCGACCGCGACGCCGAGGUCGCUGCGUUCCGCCAGAAGCGCCAGGAUGCGAAGGACGCACGCGCGGACGAGCCGGAGCUGGCUGCUGCCGAUGGCGUCCCGCCGCGCAGUGACCGUGCCAGCAGCCGUGGCCGUCCGGCGCAGCAGGUGGACCCCACGAGGGAGCCUGUGGACCCGCAGCAGAUUGCGGACGAGCCGCUGUACGCCGUGACGCUCGACGAACUGAAGGACAAGCAGGAUGCGCUCGCCAAGGCACAGGAUGAUGCGGAUAAACUGGCUGACGAGCUGGAGAAGCAGAAGGCGGAGAACGAGAAACUGGCGAAUGAACUCGAGAAGGAGAAGGCAGACAAUAAGAAGCAACGGGACGAAGCGGAUGAGCUGACGGACGCGUUGAACAAGGCGGCAGAGUCUCUAGCCGAAAAGGCUUCUGAAGCGGCACGUGCGGGUGAGGAAGCGGAGCGGCAAGCUGCCAACAACGAAAAGCUUGGUGCGGAGCUGGAACAGGUCCGUGCAGCGACUGAGAAGGCCGAGGACGAGGCGCAAGAGCAGCAGAAGGAAAAUGAGCGACUCUACGAUGACAUUGCGGCACUGUCGAAGGAGCUGGACGAUGUGAAGGAAGCUGCUCGGGAAGCUGCGAAUGAGCGGGAGGAGGAUAAAGCGGCGGCGGAGGCACAACUCCUUGAUGUCCUGAUGGAACUGAAGAAACUUCAGGGCAUCAACGACGCCUUGGAGGCGCUCCUGAAUGAUAAGGAUCGUGACAUCAAGACGCUGAACACGCACAAUGAGCUCUGGCCCGAGCCGAACGGUGAAAAGAAUCAGAUGGUGACGCGUCAUACCAAGAUCUUUGACGGCAAUUGGGAGAAGCUGCUUCGCGAGCGACCGGAGGCGUUGUUCGCUUCGUUUGUUGUCGAUGCCAGUAACGCGUGCCAUGUUCCUGGAGACCACAUCGGGAACGUUAAUUUUGACCACGACUAA